AUGGGAUUAAGGGGGUACGUGUGGUUAGCACGAAGACAUCCCUACGCGACGUAUUCCUACACGAAGACGGUCUUCUCAACCUGUGAAUCGAAAGGAAGGGAAAGAGACCGCAAGUGCUUCCCUGCGCGCGAUGGGGGCUGGCGCUCGCCCGGCGAUCAAUGCGCCGUAAAAGCGAGUGCGGCCGAUGCAGGCACCUCCGUUAAGCCUCCCAAGGCCCCUGGCGGGCGCUGCACCGCCGGCCGCAGCGGCACGCGCGCCGGCCACGCUGCGGACAAUAAAAUGGCCCUUAUCGCACCCGACGAGAAGGAAUUGAUUCCGCACGCCCAGGGCUUCCGCGGCCGCGACGGCCUGCUGCUGCCGCUGCUGCUGUUGGCUGCCCUGGCGGCGCUGGCGCUCCUGGCGGCGGGCGCGUGCAUCGCGCUCCGCAGGCGACGCGCAUCGCAGCUGCGCCGGCAGGCCAUCGGGGAGAUGUCGUCCGACCUGCAGAGCGAGGACAAGAGCACGCUGCUGCUGCCUGACGGCUCCGAGGAGGACUAGCGCCAGGAACAGGGAGAAGCAGCGCGGGCGAUGUCAGCGCAUGCGCGGUGAACGCCGCGCUCCGCAACCCCUCCCCCCGCCGACCGCAGCGCGCCGCAGCCCGUCACGUGACCUCAUCGCCUACGUCACGUGCCCUCACCGGCGGCGGCGCCACCACCACCACCAUUUCGUCACGUGACCUCAUCGCCGGCCACCGGCACUUGUUCCGGACGACAGCGACACCGGCAGCAGCAGCAGCGGCGGUGUGGGCGCAACCAUUUCAUCAUCUCGUGCUGUGGGUGAAGACCACCAGGUGAUACGUAAUCACUCGCCGGCCAGUCGGAAAACGAGAGGCAAUUCUCAUUCAAAAAUCACUUGCCGCGUUAUGACGUAUAGUCACAUCACAUUAUUAGUGUUGUGGUGUCAUAUCAUUGUGACGUCGUGUUGCGACGUCACCGUACAUCUGACGAUAUGUAAGACUUGUAUCCACUAGUGCGAUCUAUCCGAGUCCACCAGUUUGGCUAGCACCUACAAUUUCGUGCAGGUGAAUGAUUUGGGUGAGGGUUUGAAGUUUGCAGUCACUCAUUCUAAACACAUUAGAAUGCAACACAAACUUCAUCAGAGUUGUGUCUAAUGUAUUACAACAGACAAUACUUGUUCAUAAUCCAUAUUUUAUUGAUAUAUAUUUUAUUAUUCGUAACCACUAUGUAAAUGAAGCACGUGUGUACUGAAAUAAGGUAAUGGAGAUUAGAAAUCCCUGCCAACACCCAGCUUUGUUCCCGGCCAUUGUAGGGUUUUCGGUGCCCAAGGAAGAAUGUCAGUAAUCUCCACAAGCAAGGAAUGCCAACUUCACGCUAAUGCGAGUCGCCGCCAAAUGAAGUCGAUUAGCCAGAGCAUCGAGAGGGACUUGCGGAAUGUUGCCAACUUUGGAAGACAACUCCCGGUGUAAGGGCAAUGCUGCUAAGAAGAGGGGUAGACAGUAACUUUCUUCUGCGAAUCCUGUUUCCGUGCGUGCAAGAAAUUGUAUACAUGUGUAGACACGAUCCAGCGGGUUCGCCAGCCUGUCAAACGAAUCAAGUGGAGACAAAUGGGGAUGGUAAAAAUGAAAAUGAGAAAUGAAUAAAGGACAAGUUGAAGGCGCUGUAGACGGCUGCGAUGAGUGAUUUCUCAAGCAAAAAAUAAACAUGAUUGCAGUGGGCUGCAAUCAUACUCGGCAACUGUGAAAAGAACUUAUCGAUACAUUUGUACGCCUUAACACUUUUUUUUAAAAUUUAAUUGAUACGUUUUAUCCGCAAUAGGGUAACCGUAUUUAUAUACCACUUUAACCAGUGCCGCCAAACUCGCAGUGUUUAUGAGAAAAUCUUGUAAAUGUUUGCAGCCAAAUUUCUAUUGUUACAAGCUACAGUUAUGUAACUUUAUUCAAUCACGUGUAAGAUACAAUAAUGCAUUCUUUGAUCUGAAGAGUGAACUAUGUUCAUACUCACCGUAUUGUCUAGUGGUAUUACACAGCUGUUGUGCAGUUCAUCUGCUACCAAACGUCUCCUUAUGAUGCCAUCUUUAGUCUGGAAGCAUUCGUUUAUAAUAUCUACGCAUCUUAAUCACGAUUGCGAAGACUAACGUUUCAUUAAAAGAAACUAAGCUAAGAUAAUUUUCUUGUGUAAAAAAGCAUGUGUGUUUGUGUGUAUUGGAAUUUUUCAUGCUGCUGUAGCAAAGACUAAAACAAAAGUUGGAGUUGUCUCAUUUACAAUGAAAAAAGAAACUUAGUAUAUGGUACCCUUAAAAUGUAUCUUCGAAUUUACGUUUACAUCACAUGUUUAUGCUUACGAGAAGUAUUGUGAAUGGCUGUGUUGAAAAUACGUAUAAUUUUGAUCAAGUAGCAUUCAUACUCAUUUUUCAUUGUGAAUGAAUCAAUGAGACUCCCUUUUAGGUCUCCAAAGAUGGUCUGGAAAAUGCUUUGCCCGCAUGCUUCCUAAGUAGUUAUGACAGACUCCACCGUGCCCGAAACUUAAGCAGUAUCCAAAUUAGCCAGAAUUCAUCACCAUUUUUAAUGAUUGCAAAAAUUGCAAAACAUGGAAAUGAAUCUGGUAAAGCAAAGUUACAAAAUUCAACGUCGAAUUUUCUUUUUUACUCUUUUUUCGAACGAAUGUUCACUCGCUUUCUUCCUGACAACGCCACGUGUAUUGAAAUAGAAAUGUACUGAAUGCCAUCAUGCCACACCAAUAAUAUAAACCUUCUCGGUUGUUUGCGAAUUGGAAUCUAACGGAAUAGUAAUAGGUGCUUCUGGUGGUAGUACGAGGCUUUAAUACGAGAUGUAAUUCAAAUUCGCACCAAAUCAUGUAUUGCAUCAAUAAAAAUAUUAAUGGGAAUAAAUAUCUAUUGUCCAAGAACGGUAAGGAGAUUACGGUAAGGUACAUCACGUAUACCUUAACGUUCACUGAUAAGAGAUAUACAAUUGACGGUAUUAAACAUAAAUCCCAAAUAAUUCUAUAUUUUACCAGCAAGCAGUUCCUGAAUAUUCACUCGUAACAGCUUCUUUUCUUUUCUCCGUAAAAAGUUCAUACCUACUACAAAUGACCAUAAUUCAUCAUUAUGAUUUCAUUUGCAUUAAAUGGUAUUUUAGAGUAGAUGACCAAUGUGAAAUUGUCUCCCCACUACCAGCAAAAAUGCCCCUGGAAGCCAGAAGGGAGUUGUUGCUGGAAACAAAACUCAAUGUUUCCCCCCUACAUCCCCAUGUUAUCAGGGAAUAUUUAAUGGUUUACUUACAUGAAUUUCCCCAAAUGACUUGUGAAAAUAAUAUGUAUCUUGAACGUGUAUUCCAAAAAUAUCAGUUAACCCCUGAAAGUUCAUUGUGUGUACAGCCAUAUCCUUAUCAACAAAAGCAUAAAAAUAUACGUGUUGAAAAAUAAAAAUACCGAACGGGAUGUGAUGGGAAGAACUAAGUUCAGAACGUUCUUAUUCAUGUCAGUAAAAGAAAAACUCGAUGACGAAGAGUGGCGAUGACGAAGAGUGGCGAUGACAUUGUGAUCGUAGCAAGUGAAACAAACAUCAGGAGAGAAUCGACGGGGAGAGACUGCAUUACUUUUUAUGGAUUUUUUACUAAGUCAACAUAAUCAAAUGGAAUCAUUGAGUAUACAAUUUUUUACUUGAACAAAUAUCAGAAAAAUAUUGCAAUCGCCACAGCACGAACAAGCCUGCCUUUCCUUAAUAAGCACGAUAUGUAAAGUAACAUUGACUGGGCGGCUGACGAGGUAGGCAUUGUGCUAGACCGAAGUGUGUGGCGGGUUGCUUGGAGAAAAAUAUCGGAGGGGCACAUCAUCAUGUUACAUACAGUACGAGUACGUAUAUAUGUUUUUCUGAUCUAUAUUCAAGCCUUCGAACAAUGACAUAUGUUCAAGGUAAAAAAUUGCAUACUUAAUUAAUAUAUGUAUGUGUGUGUAAGAGUGAGUGAGAGAGAGAGAGGACGAGGGGGAAGGGGUCGAAAUCUAUACAUACAAGUGUGAAUGAUAGAGAAAUUAAAAGAAGAGAAAUAACAGGAGAGAGAAAGAGAUAGAUAAGACACAGCCUUAGGGGAGAGACAGAGAGAGAACGUGAACAGCACAAUGCAAACGAGUCGCAAUAAAAUUGAAAGGACGAGAGAGAAAACUUUUGCCCGUAAGGGAAGUGAAGUUAAACCGAAAAUAUUCCAGAAUAACGAAAACGAAAAUAUUCCAGAGUAACGAAAAUAUUACUUAUAUAUCCAACUAUUAACUAGUCGAACUAUAGUUUGUUUAAUUCGUAUUAUGUUCGAAUACAAUAAAUGAUGACGCAGAAUGUUUUGAUAUACAGACUGAUCUCCACCAAAUCUGCUGGGAUGAACUUAAAAUAUUUGUUUGGCAUGCAAUGACAAAAUGUAAUUAGACUUAAAAAAGUUUCAAGAUUGCACUUGAUUCAUGUGACGAGACACUUUCGCCACUUCAUCAAUGUUCUGUGAAGCAAUCGAUUUCAGCCUGCCUAGUCAGAAACAUCAUUCUGGUUAAAGAGAAUCAGAUUCAACUCUACUAAAUGCCUCUUAUACUUUUGUAUAAAAGUAUUUGACACAUGUCAAAAAUGUGUGAGAACGUGCGUCAGGGAAUAUAUAUCAGCCUAAUCACACACAGUAAUUCACGUAGAGUGUUACGUCUUGUUAAUUAUUCAACCAAUGUGUCUCGAAACCACUCGCAUAAUCGUGGAGCACUGGUAACGAAAUUGACCAAAAUAUUUACUGAUAUAUAACGCAAUAUAUUUGAAACUUGAAUAGUGAGAAAAUAAUAUAAACAAUAUACUAUAAUACAGUGAAACGGAGUGAAAGAUACAAACGCUUAUUAUGGAAAUUUCUGACGGAUUAUUCGCAUUUUGGGAAUAAAUAUUCCAUAAAUUUGUGAAUGUUCUUUGAUUAGGUUUACUAAGACACCAUAUUGUUAAAUAGUGCACUCAUUAUUUACACUAGGGAGUCACAACAAUAAGUGCUUACGUGUCUGGCCCCGAAGUGACUUUCCACUGAGAAACACAAAUGGGAAACAAAACUUAUAUUGUCUUGCGAAAUUGAAAACGCAGAUUCUUAAGUUCCUUUAUCUUAACCUCUUAGUAGUCAAUGUAACAUGCACAACUAAUAAAAUUUGAGGUGAUAUAAAUUUUUUUAUAAAACUUCCACUCUUUGAAUGUAAAUAUUACACCAAGGAAAGAUCACCGAGAUUGCAACAACAAAUAUAUAGAUUUCUGAGACGAACAAUACAUUAUAAGGAUAUCAUAAAGGAUUAAAUAUCCAUCUCUCUCGUGACUUGGUUAAGUGUUUUUUAGAAUUCUAUGGUGAACAAGUUGCAAUAAAUCAGUAUUUUCUUGAAAUAAUUGUUUAAAGUCAUGAUAAUCUCUAUCAUUAAAUGCUAAGAUUAUUUAGUUGGUUGUGUUGAAACAUUUCUGGUAUUUCUAAUAGGAGGUGGAAGGAACCUAAAAUUCAUCAAAAUCUAUUUAGCCUUCCAAUUUGUACAAACGCUGAAUGAAUGACUUAACAAAAACACAAUGCAGUCCGGGAAUUUGCGUAAUACAUCCUACUAAUUUUUGCUCAUUUAUAUAGAUUAAUAUAAUUAGUAUUAUAAGCCAGUUAUAGUUUGUAUGGCAUAUGUCCUGCAAACUUAUAAGAUUGUUCAAGCUGAUUUGGUAAAUUAAAAUGCAGUAAAUCCAGGAAUAGAAAUGGUGCUGACUAUCUCUUGUUUAUUGCAGUCACUACAUCUCUCUUCAACAAACGUGUAUUAUACAUCUUCUACACUCCACCAUCUCUCUUGUGCUUCUUGUAAAUUCUGUACGUCCUCCUAAUCACUUUUUGAACUGCACGUCUUGUGCGUCCUCACAAAUUAUUUUGUGAUCUGCGCGUCUCGAACAUUCCCUGAAACACUCUUGAUCGUGCUGCCUUUGAACUUAUCGACCUCAAUUGUCACGUAUUGAGAAAACUGAGAUCCUUAGUCUACUAUCGCCGAACAUUUGUGAAGUCAAAAAUUGUUUCCGCUUUCUGGCUUGGGUGUUUUAGCAAACGUGUACGAUUCUGCAAAUUUUCUUUGGAGCUCAUGAAUCCUGGAGAAACGAUGCGUGUAUAAAGCGUUCACAUGUACAGUCCUUGGAAGAGAGCAUAUUGAUCCGCAUAAUGAACCAGUGGUUCUCAACCAAUAUUGCAUGCCAAUUGGAUAAGCAAAAGAAUGAAGCCAAAUAUAACCACAACACUUUUUUUUUCAUUCGUAAAGACAGUAAAACUGUAUGUUGUAACCGAAUAACAUUUACCAUCGGAUUACUUAUGACUUCAGAAGAAUCAAAACUGACUGGUUAGAGCUUCUUAAUGAAUAGCAGAACAAAGCAUCAUGACUUCUUUCCUCUACCUUGCUGAAUGGCGUUUAACAGUUUUCGUCGCAAACAUAUUCUGGAAAGUUGGCUUGAUUUUCUAUGUCAGCGUUUCCUAGUUAUUCGCCAACCUUAAGUAGCAGAAUUUCUAGUUGGAGUAUUUGUAUUUUUUUUACGUGAACAAAACGUUCAAAUGUGAGAUUAAAACUGGGAGUUUUGAAGGAAUCCUCUACGUUCGUAUUGGAAUGAAGUUCUAGUUACUGCAAAUAAUACGAUAUUGCAUCAUAGUGUGUUAUAAGUUUGAUUCACCACAUGGAAAGCUCUGAGGACCGAAUGCAGUUCAAAAGCUCGGAACCUUGCAGAUGAGUUACUCCAGGUUUAUGUACAUUAAGGUGCUAAGAAGAGGCUUGAGACAUUCGUGCCAUGAAUAAGGACAUCACAGGUUGUAAUGUCAAAAGGGCAGCUAAGAAAAAGAAAGACUAGCUAAAUAUCACAUUUAUCUGAAAUAUCACCCACAAUACUCAAAUUGUCGUAAAUACAAGAUAAAGCGCAUUAAGAAUGAAAUAAUAGGUUGCGCUAAACUUUUGGGUGGUAUCAGCUAAGUUAUAAUACGUUGCUGUCUUUUCAGUAGUCGUCCUCAGAAUUUUAAUGGGGUUAAAUGAUUCCUAAUAACAAGUCAUAUAUCUCGUAACCCUGUUGCAACAAUCAUAUAAUUCUGUUGCAAUAUCCCCCCUAACAUUCAGGAGUUCUGCUCACAAAUGAUUUCUUCGUCAGUGGUGUAAAUAAAAACUAAACCAUAAUUUCCCCACAGGCUCUAGUAUCCAUAUAUUUUGAGCACGGUGUCUAUUAAUCUCCCGAUGUCCUUAUAUUUAAGUAAACGGGGUGAUUUCUAUCUUGGUUCGAAAAACACAUACGUACAUAAAACGCGUGAUGGUAGCCAAGCCUGAUGCAUUGCCUUUGAUACAAUAAUUAAGAACACGUGCAUAUUUUUACAGUGUUAGAUGUUAGAAACCCAAUGAUGAAAUGUUAACUAUAACUUUAAUAUUUACAGGUGAAGGUACCAAUAGAAGUUGUAGUCAAACGUGUAACCAAACGAUUGAAACGGUCGAGUUCUACACAUGGCGAUGGUUCUCGCUGUAACACUUGUUAUACGGGCGUCUCUUAAUUAUUCCGACAAACAAAUUAUGUAGAAUAUAAUUCUUAUUUGAGGAAGUUUCGUUCAAUCGGUUUCCCAUCGAUGGCUUUUUAUUUCUGACAGAAAAGUUGAUUUUUUUUGCUAAUUUUGAGAGCUCACUUCUAAACGAUAAUGUCGCUCAGGACCACUGAUGUCCUCCAACAGGGACAGCCUAGGCUUCGUGUCUAGACAGUGGCAGGAUUUUUGCCGCUACCCAAGUCAAAUUCAGUCGCUGUCUGGAGGAGA